AAGCGGCUGUUCCGAGUGCGCGCGUCCGUCCGAUGGUGGAAUGUACCGCCGAGAAACUACGAACCUAUAAAUCUGCAUUUCGUCAUUUAAAACGACAUAUUGUCCUCUUAUGCGGAAAUAUUUUUUUUUUUAACCUAGCUGAACCUGCAUUACUUUUUUCUUUUAUUAAAGAUGACCAGGCGCUCGUAUGGAAUAUACGGAUAUGACGAUGCACCCUUUUUCUUCUGCAUUUACUAGUUACCCAUAUAACAUUUUUUAUACAUAAUUUUAUUUUUUAACAGUAAUAUACAUUUUAUUUAAUUUAAAGUAUCUUUACUUUUGUAUAUAAAAUGAUUACAAACUAGAACAACAAAAAGUUUUUUACCUUUUACGCACGCGAGCAAGCUUGUUUUUGACAUGGUGUUGGAUAUUCGUUGACGCAGCUCUACAUGAAGAUGGGAGCCCCGCAGCAGCACACUCCUUUGAGUUAGUCAUGCAUCACUGCAAUUCAUCAGGCGCUGCGCCACUCAGCCCAUUUUCCAAUGACAGUCAGUGGGAAGGACGGCCGACCUCUCCAUCACUUGCGGAUUCUGGGAAUGUCACCUCGGAGAGACCCAUCCUGAGCGGCCCCAUAGCUGCGAUGCUCUCGAUGACCCUGGGGAUCCUGUCUAACAUUGUGGCUUUACUCAUCCUUGCGAACGCGUACGCCCGCCUACGUCGACGAUCCAAGGCCUUUCUCCUGUUUGCCAGCUCUCUGGUGGCCACAGACUUUGUGGGACAUGUAAUACCUGGCUCAAUAGUCAUGAGGCUGUAUCUUUCAGGAGGUGUACCCUCUGAAGAAUACAACCGGCCGGACCCACUAUGCCAGUUUCUAGGAGGCAGCAUGGUGUUUUUCGGACUGUGUCCGCUCUUUCUUGGUUGCGCCAUGGCAGCCGAAAGGUGUUUAGGGGUGACAAAGCCACUGCUCCAUGCAUCUCUGGUUACGACCACAAGGACUAAGCUCUCUCUUUCUGUGAUAUGGUUAGCAGCUCUUUGCGUUGCCCUUCUGCCCUGCUUUCAGCUAGGUUCAUACACCUACCAGUAUCCUGGAACCUGGUGUUUUAUUAAAGUGCUGGAUGACACAGAGAAAGCAGACGUGGCGUUUGUUAUGUUGUUCUCAGGACUGGGGUUGACAUCCCUUGCUGUUGCUUUGGUCUGUAACACCAUAAGUGGACUGACGCUGGUGGUAGCGAGGAUACGAAAGAAACCCUGUAACCGUCGGUCAGCUCGAUCCCAUGAUAUUGAGAUGGUGGUGCAACUUGUGGGCAUUAUGGUCACAUCUUGUAUCUGCUGGAGCCCUCUUCUGAUUGUUGGCCUAAUUACAGUGAAGCAGUCGUUUGAGGGCUCUAUCGGAGAUGACCUUGCCACCUACAAAACCCUAAUGAUAAUGGGGGUGCGAAUAGCGUCCUGGAACCAGAUACUGGACCCGUGGGUCUACAUUCUUCUUCGUCGUUCCGUCCUCCAAAAGAUUUACUUCCUCACCAAACGUCCAAAAGAUUUUAAGGAAAGUACUUUUCGCUGCUGGGAGAUCCAUUCCUUCCCCAGUUCUGAGAAGAAUACUGUCAGUAGAGUCUGAGUCCGAGUAUACAUCAAUAAAAACAGGAGGCCUACUCAGUGUCAGUCAGCUCUACCAUAGAGAAUCUCAAUGGGUUCUUUAUUAAAGCAUGUGCUGCACUCUCAGUGUUAAGAAUGUAUUUAUUUAAGCAGUUUUGCACAAAGAUAAAUCAAGCAUGAGAUGAACAUUCCUAUUACUCCCUGUAAAGCACUAAUGAUAAGAAUUUAGCUGGAAACAUUCAUGCCAGUGAAAGAGAGAACAGCAAUUAUUUGCUGUCUUGGGCCUUCAGUAAAGAAAAUACAUUGGAGUUAGUAAUUCAUCCAGCAUAUUAUAGCUUUAGAUCUGGGACAUGAAAACCGACAUGACAGUGACAAAUGGCAUAAAAAAAAUUGAAUCUUUUUAAAAGAAAUGUUCAUCUAAUCAGAGGUUUUGUACAGCAUGAUCAUAAACAAUAUGUCAACUGUGAGGUAAACUCAUAAUUUUAUGUGGUGAACAUUAUUUUCCCUUGUAGAAGGGGAAGACAGUUUUCCCUUGUGUUUGUCUUGCAUAUAUGUUACUGUGCAAAAAUGCUCAUGUUCAUAUUAUUGUAUAAUUUAUUUCUUGUGUUAUCCCUCCAAUUUUCUGGAGGUUUUUAAUAUUGUUAUUUUACAUUGAAAACCAUUAUAAUAAAGCAAAACAAACUUACUGUUUUUUAAUUUAAUUUCUGUUGCUGCCCAUGAAAUCAGUUUUAUACACUUUUAUUUUUCACUUUGUAACUAAUGUGAUGCAUGAACUUGACUACACCAGGCUCAAACUUCAAAUAAAUAAACAAACAGAAUAUUCCAAAAGCCAGAAUAAUGAUACCCACACUUUAAAAAAAUGCUGGGUUAAAAACAACCCAGUGCUGGGUGAAAUAUAUGUUCCACCGACUAUGUUUUGAUCCACAGCGGUUAAAUGUUUAUCUAACUCAGCUGUUGCUUAAAAAUGACUAUAUUUCUUGCUUAAAAGGACCCAAAAUAGGUUGGAAAUGUAUUAAUAUAUGUGAACCUGGACCACAAAACCAGUUAUAAGUAGCACAAGUAUAUUUGUAGCAAUAGCCAAAUAAUACCUUGUAUGUGUGAAAAUGAUACAUUUUUCUUUUUUUGCCAAAAAUCAUUAGGAUAUUAAUUAAAGAUCAUGUUCCAUGAAGAUAUUUUGUAAAUUUCCUACCAUAAAAAUAUCAAAACUUCAUUUUUAGUAAUAUGCAUUGCUAAGAACUUAAUUUGGACAACUUUAAAGGUGAUUUUCUCAAUAUUUGGAUUUUUGACCCUUAUGACAGGUUUUGUGGUCCAGGGUCACAUAUGUUCAAUAAAUGAUCAUUCAACAAUAGUUGAGUUAAAUAAAACUACC